AUGCGCCAAAUAAGAGACAAUCCUUUGGAUGAGUCACCUUGGAAACUGUUCUUUUUGCUUCCAAGAAUGCUGCUGUCUCCCCUCUCUAGAGGUGGAAGAGCUAGUUCGAAACAAGUGAAGUCUCUUUACCAUCAGUUCCUAAAUUUUGAAUGGGGCAGUUUGGCUAAGUUUAAUGAGUCUCAGCCAUCUAAGACAACCGUAGACAAUCGAUUAGAGACACGAAAAGCAGCUUUGAGGCUAAUAAGGUGUGGAGAGCUUUCUCGAGCAUCUAGAGUUCUCAUGAGCUCAGGCCUGGCUCCUCCAACAUCUCAAACAGUCAAGAAGCUUUCUAAUAAACACCCUAAGAGCAAGAAAGAGAUUUCUCAGAGAAAAUGUACCAGUGACCAGAUAUCUUUGAGUAGGAGUCAACUCUUCAAAGCAAUUCAAAGUUCUCCAAACGGAUCAGGUACAGGGCCGUCAGGUUGGCGGUACGAACAUUUCCGUGUCCUACUUGAGAAUGAAGAGCUAGCUGAUUGCCUUUAUUUUGCUUGCUCUUGUAUCGCUCAGGGAAACUUACCUGAUCCAGUGACAUCUCUUUUGUCAUCAUCACGUCUCAUCGCUUUACCAAAACCUAAUGGGGAUGUAAGGCCAAUUGCAAUAGGCGAAACCCUGCGGCGUCUCACUGCCAAAGCAAUGUGCAUGCAGAAAAGAAGUGAUUUUGCCAACUUUUUCCAUCCCCUACAGCAUGGUGUGGCUACUGACGGGGGUUUAGAGAUGCUUGUGCACCAUGUACAACUGCUUUUGGAGGAAGACUGUGAUAGGAUCUUUGUGAAGACAGAUGUCAAGAAUGCCUUCAACUCUGUACACAGACAGCAUCUGCUAGAGCAAGUGUCCUCAAGACACCCUGACAUUUUACAUCAUGUCUCUCAAAUGUAUUCUAAACCUAGUUCUCUACUUUUUCAGCAAGGGGGUUCUCCAGUCAUCAUCCAGUCCGAGGAAGGGAUUCAUCAGGGUGAUCCCCUGGGCCCCGCACUUUUCUCGACAGCAAUACAUCCAAUCUUGAGUGAUCUGCAGAAUUCAAACCCCUCUAUCAGAGUUUUGGCUUACCUUGAUGAUGUCUUCAUGGUUGGUUUGCCCCAAGAUGUCCUAUCUGCUUUAGAUGAUCUACGACCUGCAUUUGAAGCCAUUGGCCUUUCAAUUGCCAAUCAUAAAUGCAAGAUCUAUUCUGGUUUAGACUCACCAUGCCUGUCAUGUAACACAGCCUCGUCUAUCCCAGUCACAUCUGAUGGCACAGUGAUUCUUGGGACCCCAAUAGGCAGGGAUGAUUUCAUUUUUGCUUCUUGUGAUGACACUGCUAAAUCAGGCAGCCAGCUAUGUGAUAAGCUAGUAGAUCUAGGGGAUGUUCAGAGUGCGAUGUUGUUGCUGCGAUAUUGCCAUGUACCUCGACUCAACCAUCUUGCUCGAACAGUGUCGCCUGCAUUAUUACUUCCAGCGGCCAGAAUCCACGACUCACUAACCAGGAAGACAUUCACUCUUUUGAUGGGCUACGAAAAUAUUGGAGAUAAACCUUGGGCUCAGGCUUCCCUGCCAAUCAGAGUAGGUGGAUUUGGCAUGACACCACUAGUAUCGCUCUCUCAAUGUGCGUUUGUCUCAUCGUGGGCCCACAGCAUCAAAGAGUUGCCAAACUAUUUUUCAAGUCUGAAUCAAAUUCUUGAUAAUGUUGUCCACGGUGACCACGGUGAUCCCCAGAGAGGUUCUAUAGCUCAAGCUCUUCGUGAGGCAGUGCCUUCUGACAAACAACUGGAAGAUAUGCUACGGAAUAAAAGUAAACUACAAAGAAAACUGACACAGGAUUUAGCCAGCACUGCCAUCACUGACAUGAUUAUGAUAAGCUCAUGCGAUAGAGAGGCAGCAAGACUUCGGUCUUUGCAAGGCAAAGGGGCAGGGGCAUGGAUAAAUACGAUACCAACUUCGCAGAAGCUCGCACUAGAAUCCCGCGAUUUUCGCUUGGCGGCCUGCAUGAGGUUGGGAUUGUCUAUGCCCUUCAAAGGAUAUAUCCAAAGAUGUGAUUGCGGUGUCUCCCUUGAUGGAUCUGGCUAUCAUUUCUUGACAUGUAAAUGGGGUGGUGGGCCUGUCUGGUCCCACGAGUCCAUAGCUGCAGUGUGGGCAGAUUGUUUGAGAGAUCUCCAUAUACACCACCGACGGGAACCUAGAAACAGGUACUCAAACUCAAAUGACCGCCCGGAUAUCUCUGUUUUUGACUGUGGCUCUGGGUCUAAUGUGGACCUGGACAUCUCACUGGCGCACCCAUGGAGCUCUGAAAUCGUCAGCAGUGCAGCACACACAGAUGGAGCUGCAGCACUAAAGAGAGAAGAGAAGAAGCUGACCAAAUAUUACAAACAACUCCUUCCUGGGGGAGAAUCGUUCACCAUUGUCCCUUUAGUCCUGGAGCAUUUUGGAAGAUGGGGCAAGGAAUCAGAAUGUUAUCUACAACAAUUGUCCCUCAGAUCUACAGACGACUUGGGAAGACUGAACAGGGCGGAGUUUUUGCUGCAGUGGAGACAACGCAUUUCAGUUCAGUUGCAAAAAUGCAAUGCGAAAGUUAUCUACCGCAAGGUAGAGGGGGUGCUGAGAAGUGGCAAAUAAGAAGUGUUAUCUGUGAUAAUAGAGAAGAAACGUGGACCAAUACGGUCCAUAUAUCAUAUAUGUUUUUUCAAGUGUAGUUUAUGCAGAGAACAAAACUUUCAAAUAUUUUACUUUAGACGUGGCUGUACUAGCUCCUCUAGCCUGUAAUAGUUUCGAUGUUUGAAAUUAUACUACCAUUGACAGACAGACAGACAGACAGACAG